UGACAUUGAUUUGACAUUCUGAAAAGAAAACACGAUUGCAGAGUGUAGUUUCACAAAAUAAAUAACUAUUUUUACGAUUAUUCAUUAAUAGAAAAUAACAUAUUUAAGUAAUUUUACUUAAAGAAUAGACAAAUGGAAGACUCAGAACUGGAUCCAUCAGAGCUUGGUACUCAGGACUACUGGCAGAAGGCCUACACUAAGGAAAUUGAGAACUUCGUAGAACACGGAGACCCAGGAGACGUGUGGUUUGGUGAGGACAGUGCCGAUAGAGUUAUCAACUGGAUCUGCAACUGUGGUGUAGAUAAAGAUACAGCAGUUAUUGAUUUAGGUUGUGGAAAUGGUUACACACUAUCCGAGCUUGCUAGAGAGGGGCUCACCAACCUGCUCGGGAUAGAUUAUUGUGAAGAAGCCAUAACCCUCGCCAAGAAAGUCUCAAACACAGAGUUUCCGCAUAUUAAAUACAAGGUUUUCAAUAUCACACAAGACAGUGUUGCUGAGCUCGGCAAGUUCGGUAUUAUUCAUGAUAAAGGCACAUAUGAUGCAAUAGGAUUAAAUCCAGACGACCCUAAGAAACACAGAGAGAAAUAUAUAGAUCAAGUCGCUGAAAUGUUAAGUGAAGAAGGUUUAUUUAUAAUAACGUCUUGCAAUUGGACCGAUGAAGAGUUAAUAAAGCAUUUCUCUGAGAAAAUGAAAUUGAAACGGGUGAUACCAACUCCACAGUUCAAGUUUGGCGGGAAAGUUGGCAGUGUGGUUUCAUCCGUCGUAUUUACAAAAAAAUAAAUAUUUUGUACUAUUUU